AUGGUCGAGCUGCUGGCCAACGAGUCUGCCGACGACACCUCGAAGAAGGCCUACUGCAAGAAGGAGUUCCGUGAGGUCGCUUCGAAGUCUCAGGCCUUAGAUGCCAAGAUCAAGUCCCUCACCGCCAGUGUGAAGGAGAAGAAGACCGCCAUCACCAAACUUGCAGAGGACAUCACGGCCCUGCAGGCGGGCGUCAAGGCCCUCGAUGAGUCCGUGGCAAAGGCUGGGGAGAACCGUCAGGCCGAGCACAGCGAGUACCAGGACAGCAUGUCAUCCAACUCCGCCUCCCUUGACCUCUUGUCCCUGGCCCGGGAGCGCAUGAACAAGGUCUACAACCCAACCAUGGUUGCGGAGACCACCACCAAGAGCCCCUACGACCUCUCCUUCUUCCAGCGCGCCUCCGUGCGUGUGCAGCAGCCCCCUCCGACCUUCGAGGGGGGCUACCAGAAGAAAGCCGAGGAGAGCAAUGGCGUGCUGAAGAUGAUGGGCACACUCUCCAGCGACAUUGAGAAAGAAAUGGCCGUUGCCAAGACUGAGGAGGAGAACGCCCAGGCGGACUACCAAGAGACGAUCGCCGAUGCAGCCAAGAAACGCGAGGCCGACAUGGCGCUGGCCGCCUCAAAGGCACAAGACAAGGCAGACCUGGAGGGAGACCCUUAG